AGGGCAGGCAGGCACCGAGCAGUGCAGUUAGCUCUCCAGGCAAGGUGGGUGUGCGAUACUGCUGCACGUGGAGGACAUGACACGGGCGUGCGCUACUCUGACGCUUUUUCUUGGCUUACCCCAAGGGACGAUGGGUUUCGCGUCAAGCUUCUCCGCUUGUAGGUCACAGGCCUCGGCCGCGCCACGGACGGCGCUGCUCCGUGGGUGCCGGGUGUGGGGACGAACAAGCAGCAGCAGAAGCAGCAGCAGCAGCGAGAGGCAACCGCUCCGUCACUUGCGACGGAGACGCUCGGAGGGCCUCGUUGCAUCGCUUUCUACGAAAGGAGAGAGAGAAGGCCACCCAGCGACCGAAGAAGAAGCGCAACUGCCCCAACAGCUUUCGUCAGUGCCGGAAUCGCAGCGUCGUCACCAACAACAGCCACAACAGCCACGUAGUAAAAGGGGCACCACACGAAAGCGGCUAACGUCGACAGGAGGACUCAAGUCCCUCCCCAUCGUCACGCCCUCGAUAGAGCUUCUCUCGCACGCUAGCCGGAGGUCCAAGAAGGUGUCUCAGGACAUGCUCAUAAAGAACGCCCGGAAUAGGUCGAGGAAGUGGGUGGCGGAGAGGAUGGACAUGUUGGGCAAGGCCACGUCGAAGCCGUUGAGAGAUAUAAUCCGGCAGUACAAGCACCAGCUGCCCAUCUUGCACCCCUUUGAGGCGACCUUGGCGGACCUAACGGUGCGGGCGAGGGAGAAGACGGGCGAGCGGACGCUGCAGUCAGUACUGGAUGAUGUGAACGACUUUCGGAAGGUGGCGUUAGAGAUCAGCAAGUCCGCUGCGAGGGAGGGGAAGCUGGGCGAGAAGAAGUCGGAGAUCAUGCAGACCAUGGACGCGGGCUACAGUCGCAUGGAGGAUCACUUCUUGACGAACGGAAGUGUCCUCGAAGAUCUGACGGAGAUACAGAAGUCUCUCCGCAGCCUGCCCAUCGUGCAGCUGCACCUCCCCACGGUGGUUUUGGUUGGGGCACCAAACGUCGGCAAGAGCUCCAUCGUGCGAGCCGUUUCGACCGGCACCCCCGAGGUUAACAGCUACCCCUUCACCACCAGGGGGAUGGCUCUGGGCCACAUGUUUCACCCGGAGACAAACGCGCGGUAUCAGAUCAUGGACACCCCCGGGGUUCUGUCGCGUCCCGAUGGAGAGCGGAACGAGAUGGAAGCGCUGACACUCGCGUCGAUGCAGCACCUGCCCACUGCGGUAAUCUUCGUGAUGGACCUUUCCGGACACAGCGGACACCUCUCUUCCCUUGAGAACCAGAUGCAAGUUCGACACGAGCUGAGAAGACGAUUUCCUCGCCGGCCAUGGUUAGACGUCGUGAGCAAGGCGGACCUCCCCCGCCUGGAGUUGGAAAAGGCUAAGGAGGCCUUGCCGGAGGGGUACCUCGAUCUCUCAACGCUUGACGGAACGGGUGUGGAUGAGCUCAAAACAAGACUCUUCGAAAUGUACGAGAUCAUCGAACGGAUCCUUGCACCUCCUCCAGACGUGCAAAGGUGACUGACGUAAGCAAGAAGCACCAAGGAGAAAGAGGGACAGAUCAAAUGCUAGCAGCGGGAGGACAGCGAGAGGACUCUGUGCUCACUCCAUCACACCCACCCCUUGGAUUCGUGGAUUUCCAUCGGCCAGAAACCCUCUCGAAAUGCUGAGACGGAACAUGUCGCGGGUUUUCCUGCCAUGCAUGCGUUUGAUGCCCGGAGCGCUCUGGGAUGAUUGGCGCACCGAAUGAACAAUAUGUAGCAGAGGGGGGCAUGCCUGGGGAAGGGGGAGUGGGUGCAGUCUGGAGUCGCAGUUGCUCCAUGUCCCGGCACCGAUGCC